GGAGCCGGAUGCCCAUGGCUGGCUUGCAGGUGGGACCCCCUGCAGGCUCCCCAUUUGGCACAGCUGCUCCACUUCGACCUGGCAUGCCACCCACCAUGAUGGACCCAUUCCGAAAACCUGCUUGUGCCCCAGGCCCAGCCCCCCCGAUGCCUGCCCAGCGCCGGUGGUUAAAGAGGAGGGUGGCGGCAGAUAAAGUUCUACCUCAGCGAAUUCGGGAGCUUGUCCCAGAGCCUCAGGUGUACAUGGAUCUCUUGGCUUUUGAGCGGAAGCUGGACCAGACCAUUGCUCGAAAGCGGAUGGAGAUCCAGGAGGCCAUCAAAAAGCCUCUGACGCAGAAACGAAAGCUGCGGACCGAUAUUUCUAAUAUGUUCGGUCCCAGCAAGGCAGAAGGUGAUCGUGCAGGAACCGCAGGGACUCCGGGGGGAAACCCUGCAGGGGACCAGGUGGCUUCCUGGGAACUCCGAGUAGAGGGAAAACUGCUGGAUGAUCCUAGGAAACAGAAGAGGAAGUUUUCUUCAGUCUUUAAGAGCCUCGUCACUGAGCUGGACAAGGAACUGUACGGGCCUGACAACCCCCUGGUGGAGUGGCACCGGAUGCCCACCACCCAGGAGACAGAUGGCUUCCAGGUGAAACGGCCUGGAGACCUCAACGUCAAGUGCACCCUCCUGCUCAUGCUAGAUCAUCAGCCUCCCCAGUACAAGUGGGACCCCCGACUGGCGAGGCUGCUGGGGGUGCAAACACAGACGAGGGCUGCCAUCAUGCAGGCCCUGUGGCUCUACGUCAGAUACAACCAGCUGCAGGACCACGAGCGGGAGUACGUCAGCUGCAACCGGUACUUCCGCCAGAUCUUCAGUUGUGGCCAACUCCGUUUCUCUGAGAUUCCCAUGAAGCUAGCCGGGUUGCUGCAGCAUCCAGACCCCGUUGUCAUCAACCAUGUCAUUGGCGUGGACCCUAGUGACCAGAAGAAGACAGCCUGUUAUGACAUUGAUGCGGAGGUGGAUCAGAGGAGCAAUUUUCUGGCCUCUACCACCAAUCAGCAGAUCGCCUCCCUUGAUGUCAAGAUCCACGAGACCAUUGAGUCCAUCAACCAGCUGAAGACCCAGAGGGAUUUCAUGCUCAGUUUUAGCACUGACGCCCAGGACUUCAUCCAGGAAUGGCUCCGUUCCCAGCACCGGGACCUCAAGGUCAUCACUGAUGUGAUUGGGAAUCCUGAGGAGGAGAGACGAGCUGCUUCCUACCACCAGCCCUGGGCCCAGGAAGCAGUGGGGAGGCACAUCUUUGCCAAGGUGCAGCAGCAAAGGCGGGACCUGGAACAGGUGCCGGGAAUCCGCCUGACCUAA